AUGCCAAAACCGCCGGUGCUCGGCCCCCAACGCCGUACCAAUCCCUUGAUCUGGUUCUUAGCCUUCAUCUGCGCCAUCAUAGCCAUCAUCGUCAUCAUCGCCGGCAUCAUCGUCUUCAUCGGAUACCUCGCCAUCCGCCCUAAAGUACCUCUCCUCUACGUCAACGCCGCUCGUCUCGACGAAGUCAUGUACGAUCAAACCGGCGUUCUCUCCGUCCGAUUAAUACUCAUUAUAAAAGCCGAGAACCAUAACCUCAAAGCACACGUCACCUACUACAACACAAAACUCAUCCUCCGUUACCACGGGCUGAGCAUCGCGCAAUUGGUGGCGGAUCCGUUCGAUGUACGAAAGAACACGACGAAGGAGCUGAGUUACGUGGUGGAGUCAUCGCCGAUUCCAUUAGAACCGGCGCAACAGGAUUUGACGCAACAGGCGUUGGAGAAGGGAACGACGAUGCCGUUCUUCUUGAAAGGGAAUUCAAGGACGAGAUGGAGAGUUGGACCGCUGGGUUCGGUGAAGUUCUGGUUGCAUAUGAAUUGCCGGAUUUUGUUGCCGAUCAACGGCAGCAUCGUCUACCCACACUGUACCACCAAAUCGCAUUGA